CCAAGCGUACGGUUCUGUGUGCAUGAAUACAACUUCGGAGGUAGCACUGAGUGUCUGUCGGAGUGUCGGUGCACGUCUCACUCGAGGACACGGGUUCGUUGUGGCUGGCGAUCAACAUUGUAGGAGCACUAUCCGUUGUAAGACGUUCUGCGUUGUAACACGGCCCAAAAUGCAACCCUACUCGGCAGUCCAUCCAAUCUUUGCCGUGAAACGUCUACCCGAAAGCCAGUCUGACAAUCGACAUGUUCAUCCGGACCUGAUUCAAAGCUUUCUUUGGAGAAGCAUGGAGAAAUGCAUAUACUGACCUGGGCAAAAUUAUCGCAAGUUCUACAUCUAGAACUACAUGCAUCGAGUCGAAUCAAAAUUCGUGACCGGCAUGGACCGGAGUCUGGGUCUUGCACAAUGAUCAUUCGGAAUCUUUCAUAGAUGUUCUCCAAAUGGCCUGUUUUCAACUUCCUCAAAACACCGGCGGUAAACGCAAGGGACUGGACUCGACCUUUCGAACCUUGGACUCUGAGCCAAGUCGGACCAAGCGCCGGACCGAUUCGGCCUUAAGCUCCGAAUUAAUCACAUGAACCACCCCACUUUACUCUCUCUGCUGCCAUGUUUGUGCGCAGUGCGCACCUACGACCUCGUCGUCUACGGACCCCUCAUCUCCGCGCACCCACGCUCUCAUUCUCACGCGCCAACUCCACCUCCUCGUUGUACGACCCAGACGCCGAACCUCGCGAAGAAGAAUCCGUGGAUGUAUGCAUCGUCGGCGGCGGGCCUGCCGGCCUCAGCGCCGCCAUCAGACUUAAGCAGCUCGAAGCCGAGACCGGGAACGAAGUGCGCGUAGUGGUGCUCGAGAAGGGAGCCGAAGUCGGCUCGCACAUUCUUUCUGGGGCUGUCAUCGAGCCAUCCGCACUGGACGCUCUGCUCCCAGACUGGCGCGACGCCGCCGACCACCCCCUGAAGCAGCCCGUCACGUCCUCGACGAUGCGCUUCUUCACGCAGAAGCACGCGAUUCCCAUACCCCACCCGCCGCAGAUGAGCGGCACAGGGAACUACAUCGUCAGUCUCUCCCGCGUCGCCGCCUGGCUCGGCGGCGUCGCAGAGGAGCUGGGUGCUGAGAUCUACCCCGGCUUCGCUGGCGCGCGGUUCCUCCUCACGGACGGCCAGGUGCGUGGCGUCGUCACGCAUGACGCCGGAGUGACGCGCGCGCGCACUAAAUCGGCGAGGUUCGAGCCUGGCGUCGCCUUCCGAGCCAAAGCGACGUUGUUGGCAGAGGGUGCCCAUGGUUCGCUUUCAAAGACGGCGAUCUCGAUGUUCAAUCUGCGCGAAGGAAAACAGGCGCAGACGUACGGAAUCGGGCUGAAAGAGGUCUGGCGCGUAGAGCCGGAGAACCACGUACCUGGGAAAGUCGUGCACACGAUAGGUUGGCCUCUACAGAGCAACACCUACGGUGGUGGAUGGGAAUACCAUAUGGCAGACGGGCUCGUGAGUAUUGGCCUUGUGGUGGGUCUAGAUUACCCCAAUCCGUAUCUGGAACCAUACCGGGAGCUUCAACGCAUGAAACAUCACCCUCAUUACCGAGCGCUGCUCGGCGGCAAAAGCGAGCGACUGGCAUACGGUGCUCGCACUCUGACAGAAGGCGGGCUGCAGAGCCUGCCGAAAUUGGAUUUCCCCGGUGGUGCUUUGAUUGGAUGUUCUGCCGGUGUCGUGAAUACUGCAAAGAUCAAGGGAACCCACAAUGCCAUGAGGGUGCGGUCGAUCUCUGUCUCGCUUCAUCGACUAAUAUCCGACAGACCGGGAUGCUUGCUGCCGAGUCGGCAUUUGCAGCGUUAUAUCCCGAGGCUAAGUUCACUUCGACAGGAGCUCCUGGAGUGACGCUGACACCAGCUGAACAAACCACGGAUGACAUUAUCUCGCUGAGCUCGUACUCGACCGCAUUUCCUCAGUCGCCGGUGUACAAAGAUCUGUACGAAGUUCGAAACGUCAGGCCUUCGUUUGGGCUGCUUGGGCACGGCACGCGGUGGAGUCAGCUGGGCGGAAUCCUGUACUCUGGCAUGGAUACGAUAUUACGCGGGAAUGUGCCUUGGACGUUGAAGCAUCACGUGCCAAAGGACUCGGUGCGUGGCAGCGCUCCAAUGAUAGCGACUAAGCUCACCUGGUGAGCAGGGCUCUCCAUCAGCCUCUUCUCCUGACGCGCUGUCCACGAAACCCGCAAAAGAGUUUUCGCCCAUCGCCUACCCUGCCUACGAGGCCCCGCUGAGCACCGACCUGAUGAGCAGCGUCACGCUCACCGGCACCAACCACAGCGAGGGCGAGCCGGUGCACCUGCGGGUGAUGCGAGGGGUCGGUCCGUCCCCCGACAGCGCAGAGACGGCCUCCCGGCGACGAUCGCAUGUGCACACCAACCACGGCGAAUACGCGGGGCUGCUGCAACGCGCGUGUCCUGCGGGUGUCUACGAGUACGUUCCGGAUGACGGGCGGCACGUUGUCCCGGGAAAUGACGCGAAUGAGGACGAAGGGGCCGAGGGCACAAAGCUUGUGAUCAACUCGCAGAACUGCAUCCAUUGCAAGCUGUGUGAUAUCAAAGUUCCGACGCAGGACAUCACGUGGACCACACCGGAGGGAGGAGGCGGACCCAAGUACAGUGAGUUUUGGAGUACUGUUCGAAGGAUUCUGCGCUGAGACGUUUGAAGCAUUGACUUGAGGCACGUUACAUAAUGGAGAUCGGCACUUUUUCGUCACGCAGCGGACGCGAUUGUGCUCUGUAAGUCUCGCGUUUCGGCUGAGUAUAAAAGUACGCGGUAAAGCAGUACACGGUAUAGUUACGAUAUCACACACUCCGGGGGCGCGGUCACAUGACCUCAAUCAAACGUAAAUAGUCUAUCGAACUUGCUCAUUUUCUCGGCCGACGAUGAUACUUCCCCUAAUUUGGGCCUUCCGAAAUCGGACGAAUCAGUGCCAUUGGCAACCUAUCCAUGUAUGAAUGCCAACCUUUGAAGCACUGUGACAUGCCCAGCUGAUUGCACUGUUUGUGCAAUACUUAUAACCGGUCUAUGUCUCAUCCUCAGGCCGGUCAUUACCUGAGGUGACUAGGACCUCAUGAAGCUACCACCAACCACAAAUAUAUCGGGAUCCCGCAAUGGCUUUGCUCGAUUUCGAGCCACACUGGAAUUACAUGCCUUUCUGUGUCGCUCGUAAGCAUGUCGGCGUUCUAGAGACAAACAUAUUUGGAGUGAGCCUGCGUGAUAUAACUGCGAGCGUGGUCGGCCAGACUGGGCCCGCGCUGCGCUACACUAUGAAUACCUUAGUUGCAGGAUCCCGUGCGAUCCCUGAACGGAACUUAGUAUCCGAACAUGCUCGAUUGCUUUCAGACAGUCGCUCAUCAGGGUUGUGGUGAAACCGGAGGCGG